AUGCAUCGCGACCUACCCGCUUCUGGGAUGCCGCGCCUGACAUCCAAGCUGGCCGUAGUACCGGCUAACCCGGUACGAGAGGCGCACACUUUAGAGGAGAAGUUCCAGGAGGUCUAUGACCAAGGAACAGAAUUCACAGAGCGAUUGGAGAUCACCAAGUCGAGACUGGAGAAGGAACUGCGGCGGCGCUCGGAGAACUUCCGCGAUCUGGUUAAAACUCGAAAUAUCGACAUCCAACAGGAAUACGCGCGUAUGCUCAAGGAACUGGACGACCAGGUGGAGUCGUUGGACCAGGAGAUUGCGCAGGAGAGGGAGAUGAAAGCCGAGCGCGCUAAACGACGACGUGAGGAAGAUCUGGAGAGGAAAGCGAACAAGAAACAGCACCUCGAAGCGGAAACGUCGCAGCUGAAGGAGAAACUGGACGAAUUCACGUCCGAGAUCCGACAACUGCAGGAAGUCUUUGCAGACCUGGAAAAGGAGGUCGAGAGCCAAGGAAGCGACAACAGUCCCGAUGAUGCUCAAAGCGUAGAAGAACGGCAGCGACUGGAGGAGGAACGUGCUCAAAACGAAAUCGUGGAACUCCAACAGGAAAUUGUGCUGCUGAAAGAGGCCCAGGAGGCGAUUGCGGAAAAGAUUGAUAAACAAUCAUUGAAGGCUCAGUAUGAGGAAGAGAAGCAGGAGGUGUUGGAAGAAACAGCCCAUCUGAAAGGUUUGGUGGAAGACCUUACACCUCAGAUCAACUCCAGUGGCGUCCGACAGCACUCGCUGCUGCGUACACUCGCGCCGUCUCCAGGCAUCGGAACACUUAUGACGCGCUUGUAUCAGCAGCUAUGCGGUGAUUCUCGUGCGUCGUUGUCGUCGGACCAACCUUCCACACCUCGCAAAACGGUGGACUUGAAGGCGUUUCUCAACAGCUGUCCGAGCUUCGAAGAAGGCAACCGAGCAAUUGAUGAGCUCAAGAAGCUACAGCUCAUUCAUUGCUACGAGUCCAGCGGAAUAAUCGCACUGGCCGAUUAGCAAGGCACAAAACACUUUUUCAUUAUCCUCAAGACCAAACUCAACAUAUUUGAGCGA